ACUAUCGUAUUUGAAGACCCCGAUAACUUUUUUUUAUGUCCCCUUUGGGUGGAAAUCUGAAAAACAAGGCAAGCCUCAUGAUUUUGUCCUAAUUUAAAAUGUUUAACUAAUUUUAUAGCUUUUUGUAGUUUUUUUUGUGAUUUUCCCGUAUCAAGGGUUGAUGAAUUAUUUUACAAGUGUGAAAACAUCCAAUCAUUGCUGAGCAACACAUAGCAGAGGACAGAAAAAAUGGAGUUCCUCACCUCAACAUCCCGGAACCCAUCCGAACAUGAAUCGGACCCACUGUGCUCAGAAGACGACAGCAGCCUGGACAUCUUCGAUUCGGACGACAGUAAGACCUUUAUAGAAGAAGAAAACAAAAUCUGUGAUAGUAGAACCAGUAAAUUUUCCAUUGACAGUAUAUUAGGAUUAAACAAGGAGAAAGAGAGUGUCGACGAUCAAAUCAAGAGUAGCGACAGUAGCGAUAACGAGGACAAUCAUCGUAAAUGUAACGGUGAGGAGGAUCGCCCGUUGAAUUUCGUUAGACCCACUCCAAUCAGUGCAGUAAGCAGAUCAGAUGGUCUUUACCACUCAAUUCUGGACUUCCAAAGGUUCCCGAGGCCAGAUCCCCUUCCUCCAGAACCUCCAAAUAAUAUCCUGGCUUUCCUGGCCGAUCAGAAGCAAUCGUCAGAUAUGAAUUUUGCCCCAUAUCAGUUACCACCUCCAGCCGGAUCCAGUUCUUCUUCCAUUUUAUACGGCGGAUGGCUGAAUGGCUCCCACGAUGGAAAAUCUAGUCAUUUAUUUGGAUUAUCAGGUCCUAAACCGGCCAAUAGGAGAUCUCGCAAACAAGGUUUGGAUAGGAAACCACGGCAAGCUUAUAGUGCCAAACAGCUGGAAAGGCUCGAGGGCGAAUUUAAAGUUGACAAGUAUCUUAGUGUCAGCAAACGGAUGGAACUAUCCAAAGCGUUGAAUCUCACCGAGGUUCAAAUCAAAACGUGGUUUCAAAACCGUCGCACGAAAUGGAAAAAACAACUGACGACGCGACUAAAAAUGGCGCAACGGCAAGGCCUAUUUUCACCUCACUAUUUCACUCCCGGCACCAGUUCUCCUCAGCAAUAUUCCGCUCUAUUUCCGGCCUACUACUCCUCACUGAUGACGUUCGCAGUACCCAGCACAGUUGACGAAACGAUAUCCGGCCAAAGUACCAGUACAACACAGGAAAACUCUCGGAGAUAGGACAAUUGAAUGAUUGUGUAUAUUAUUUGUAUUUAUUGAUGUGUAAAAUAAAUAGGGCAGGUUGAGUAUA